GGUUUUUAUAAAGAAGGUAUAGCUCUGUUGGAAACAUGUCUCCAUGAGCUUACUCGUGAUAAAUCUCUAAUUAAUAAGGAGGGGAAUACUGCUAUCAACAUUAGCAGCCGCAACGCUUUGACCACUGGUUCAAUUUGCACAACGGGCGUCAGUCUUUUGCGAAGGGCUGUCGUUGAGCUGCGAUUGGAGCUCCGGCUUCGUCGGCUAUCAGAUGGAGCAGAGGAAGAGAACAGGAGCGUCAUUCUUGAUGCCUGUGACCGCCUCGUUAAAGCCCUACGACUUUACUGUCCAUGGGAGGCAAGAAUUCAGUAUGAUUACAUAUUUUUUUACCUAUUUAUGUCUUUAUUUGUUAUCCAUUAUCUCCAUUUUAUUUACUAUUUUUCUAAUGAUAAUAAUAAAUAA